AUGACAGCGGACAAAGAAAAAGACAAAGACAAAGAGAAGGACAGGGAUAGAGACCGGGAUAAGGAGCGAGACAAGAGAGACAAGGUGAGGGAGAGUGAGAACUCGCGUCCUCGACGGAGCUGUACGUUGGAAGGAGGAGCCAAGAAUUAUGCGGAAAGUGACCAUAGUGAAGAUGAGGACAAUGACAACAACAGUGCCACCACAGAGGAAUCCACAAAGAAAAGCAAAAAGAAACCACCCAAGAAGAAGUCCCGAUAUGAGAGAACAGACAACGGUGAAAUAACGUCUUUUAUCACAGAGGAUGAUGUUGUAUACAGGCCUGGAGAUUGCGUAUAUAUUGAAAGUCGCCGGCCGAAUACCCCGUAUUUCAUCUGCAGCAUUCAAGACUUCAAACUGAGUAAACGGGACCACCUCCUUAUGAAUGUCAAAUGGUACUAUCGCCAGUCUGAAGUCCCAGAUUCAGUCUAUCAGCAUUUGGUUCAGGACAGACACAAUGAGAAUGACUCUGGACGAGAGCUUGUUAUUACAGAUCCAGUUAUCAAGAAUCGAGAGCUCUUCAUUUCAGAUUAUGUUGACACUUACCACGCUGCUGCCCUCAGAGGGAAGUGUAAUAUCUCCCAUUUCUCUGACAUAUUUGCUGCUAGAGAGUUUAAAGCCCGAGUGGAUUCAUUUUUCUACAUACUGGGCUAUAAUCCAGAGACAAGGAGGCUUAACAGUACCCAAGGUGAAAUCAGAGUUGGACCCAGCCAUCAGGCUAAGCUUCCUGAUCUGCAGCCAUUUCCUUCCCCAGAUGGUGACACAGUGACACAGCAUGAAGAACUUGUGUGGAUGCCAGGAGUCAAUGACUGUGACUUACUUAUGUACCUUAGGGCAGCAAGGAGCAUGGCAGCUUUUGCAGGCAUGUGUGAUGGAGGAUCCACAGAAGAUGGUUGUGUUGCAGCCUCCCGUGACGACACUACACUUAACGCACUCAAUACACUACAUGAAAGUAACUAUGAUGCUGGAAAAGCCCUGCAGCGCUUGGUGAAGAAACCUGUGCCAAAACUGAUUGAGAAGUGUUGGACUGAAGAUGAAGUG